AGAACAUUUGAAAAGUUCUCACUUCUUCUGAUCUCUCCUUGGAUGUACUGAAUACACCGGAUUAAGCUGGAAGUCUUUAAAGUAAAGUAAGCCCGCGCUCAUAACAGAAGUCCUGAAACGCUCCGGAAGUCCUAAGCACUCCGGUACUCUGUGGAAGUUCUGAAAUCAUAGGAACUUGCAAGCUUUUCAAAAAUCCUAAACUCUCCUGAGCUCAAAAUGCGGCAGAGUUUCGGUCCAAAGCGGCGGCGACUGCAGUUGCUCGCCUCCCUCAUGUUCUGCGCCCUCAUGGGCUAUCUGAGCUCAUCGGUGGCGCUGGCAAAGCCAACGUUAUCGUUUAGCCUGCCGCAGGGAUUGCAGGGAUUUCCCUCAUUUCAAUCGUUCACUCAACAGAUCAUCGAGCAACGCAGUCUGCGUCAAAUGAAAACCUACAGUGGCAAUCGCAUCAGCAAUGAUUCGCUCAUUAUGAUAUACUAUCACGAUUUGACCAUUGCUGUCACCGAGCUGGGGCCCCAGAAGCUGCUGCUAGGCUGCGAACUAAUCGAAAUCUACAACGACAAGGAGGGAAAAAUCUUGCUCAAUGGUCUCGCUCAAUACAAUCGACCGCUGGAGAUCAAGUUCGAGGAGAUGCUCAAGCUGAUGGACCAAUGCGAGCAUGUGGACAAGCUCAGCUAUGCGGCGAAGCACAGAUCUCGCUACAGCAGCAGCAACAACGAAGGCUCCGAGCGCAGCAGCAGCGGCGGCAGCAACAGCGAGUCAACUGCCAAUGGCAAUGGCAGCGAUGCUGCCAAUCCGGAUGGAGUUUCUCUCAAACUCGCUGCGAAUAUCUUUCCGCGUAGUCCCUUCUCGCUGCUUAGCGGCAUUAUACCUGGCACUAAAUGGUGUGGCACUGGCGACAUAGCCGAAACGUACAGCGAUCUGGGCAGCGAGAUGGCCAUGGAUCGCUGUUGUCGCCAGCACGAUCUCUGCCCCGUGAAGAUACGUGCGUAUCAAAACAAGUACGAGCUAAUGAACGACUCGUUGUACACAAAAUCGCAUUGCAUAUGCGAUGAUAUGCUGUUCUCGUGCCUGAAGAUGACCAACACGUCGGCAUCGCAGUUGAUGGGCUCCAUUUACUUUAAUUUGGUGCAAGUGCCGUGCUUGGAUGGUCGCAGCAAUCAAUACAAGUUUCGAGCGGCCAAGGAGGGAUUCUAAGGUGUCUCGCUCAUUCGAUAUGCUUAAGGUUGCGAUUUGGCGAUUAUUCGUAUUCGUUCGUUUUCAUUUUCGGGAGGUGGAAGGAGGCCAUUGUACAUAGUUGAGCGCGGCGCCACUUCAAUUAUUUAUUUGAGCUACUUAAAAAUGCGAGCGACACACAAGUGCGAAAUGACAAAAGACAGACACACAUCAGAUACAGAUACAGAUACAGAUACAUAUACAAGAUACGACACGCAGCUACAAGAUACACGUACUUUAGAUGGAACGCCCUUUUAUUAAAUAUGCUUGCAUGAUGUUAGGUUUACAUAGUUUAGUAGUAGGCGUUAUGUUCUUAUAUAUUAUGUAUAAAGUAGCCUUCGCUACGCUUUUGUUAUAAAUACAUAUAAAUAUAUAUAUAUAUAUAUAUUGAUAUAUUAUUAUAAAUUGUC